GCUGGGCGGGGCCAGACAAGGAGCGUUAUAUACCCGUCAAGUUGUCGCGCAGGGAGAUGGCGGCGCUGUGUGAACGUGUUGAAGAAUUGAAACACGGUAGUAAUGUAACGGUCACAAACACAAGUAAUCAUCAUCAUCAUCAUUAUUAUUAUCAUUAUUAUUAUUUUACACAUUUAUUGUGUUCUCAGUAUCGGCUUCUGGAGAGCCUUCCUACUGGCUUCUUACAUGCGGAAGUAAUAGGAACGUGGUGCAUUAUGGGUGCAGCUGGCAGCAAACUGGUCCUUCCUGCGACAUGGAGUGAUGGCUGGCUGUGAUGGGUGUCUCCCUGAUGGUGUAUUAGUGUUCUUUAAAAGGUUUAGUCUGCCUGCUUUAAUGACUCUCUAUAGUGAGUGUGUGUGUGUAUGAGUUUCUACCAAGUUUUAAUGUAUGACAGGUGCUGGGGAGGGCUGUACCUGCCAGGUAGGUUCUCCAUAUGAUAUGAGUUUGUUUGAAAUUACACUAUUUUACUCCCUUCCAUGAGUGUGUUUGCAAUAUUAUUGGGUUUUUAACCCAGCACAAAUAGUUCAUAGAUAUUGACUCUAUUACCCUGUAACACAUCAUUUAGUAUUGUGGAAUUUAUGGGAGCAUUUUAAAUCAUCAAUAGAAUACAACGUUACUAGAACACUUCUUCUUUUCAAUGUUGACUUUCUAAAUUUUCUUGACAAGUCCUGUAGUGAUUAUGGUGCAUUGAGUAUUCUUACACUUUUUUUUUUUUUUUUUUUUUUUUUUUUUUUUUUUUUUUUUUUUUUUUUUGUUUUUUCUGUCAAACUUUUUUUUUUUUUUUUUAAAGCGGUUGAAAGGGAGAGAAUGCCUACUACCCUAGCCUUCCCUGUUUGGCCGUGACAAGGGUUUGUGAUUUUCACGAGGUAGGGGAAUUUGAUAGAACACCGCAUAAUGCGGAAGUGUAGUUUCCACAUUGUCUCUGUAGUUUCAGACGGUAUGGGAGAACGUUGAUUUGUCAGAUCACUCAAUAUUACAAGACAAAAUAGGGAGAUGGCACACAUAAGCAGAAGUUAAAGGGACACUCCACUGUCCACUAUAUUGCCAGGAAGUAACAAAACUGGUUAUCUGACAGCCGGGUGGUGUACAAUGUUGAUUUUGUAAAAGUUCCAAUUUCUAUUCAAAUCUGCACCUCUUUCUAAAAUGAAAGAAGAUACACUAUUUGUGCUUAAGGUGUUACUUUUAACUUUUGUAUGGCCUCGUUAACAGGUUACCAGAAAGCUGUUUGUAAUAACCCUGUAUUUGUGUAAGGUUUUUGUCCCUUUAAAAAUAGUUUGGCUAGAAAUGUUUAAUGUGUGGCUUUAUGAAAAGAACACAUGAAAAGAGAACUUUUUUAUUUUGGUUUUUUUUAUUUGGAAAAAUAGAAAAAUUGUUGGAUAUACCGCCAAAUAAAACAUGCAUGUAUAUAACUUGGUAUGGUUUCUUUUAGGACAUAUGAAAACUUGCAUUUUAUUGUUUACUUGCAAAAUUCAAAUGAACAAUAAUUUGAGCAUUUUUCAGAUGCGAAAAACACAGCUUUUUAAGAUGAACACCAAAUGAUGCAGAUGUUGUCUGGGUGACCGAAUACUGACCAGAUUUGUCUGAAGAAAAUCCAAUUUUGAUUGUAAUUUUGCUCUGUAAGACAAAGUGGCUUUCGUGCUUAGGGCCCCCUUAAUUGGUUAACUUUGGUUAAUUUUAUCUGUCUGUGUGAUGGUGCUUCACACCGUUAAUGCAGAAAAAGGUUGGUAAUAAUAAUAAUGUCUCUCCCGUUUUGCAGGAUUUAUCACACCAGAAAGAUUUCAGGAGUCUCGCUGAAGACCAGGACUCUUCCUUUUUCUUAAUUUAACUUACAUGCUUAGGCAUGGAGGAAGAUGUAAUGUUACAAGGCAGCAGUGUUGAUCCUGACCCUGCCCCAAAAAUAGACCGCAAGAUCUCUCUUAAUGAGUUCUCUUGUCACUGCUGCUAUGAUAUCUUGGUAAACCCCACCACUCUGAACUGUGGCCAUAGUUUCUGCAGGCACUGUCUUGCGCUCUGGUGGUCAUCCUCAAAGAAAACGGAGUGCCCUGAAUGCAGAGAGAAGUGGGAAGGAUUCCCUAAAGUAAACAUACUACUUAGGUGAGCAAUGUUUGUGAUUGUUCUACCCCGGCUUUUCUGUAGCUUUAGAUGAACAAAUAUUACACUAAAAUUUUGUUUUUAUCGUCUAUACUGAAACCUAUACAUAAAUAGCUCCCUUGGAGAUCUGGCUUCCAUAAAUAUGUACUUGAGAAUAUUUGCUAGAUGUAGGUGACUUUAAAUAUAAAUUUUGACAGUGGUUACCGUUAAAGGAACACUAUAGUGCAGAGGUAGUCUACCUUUAAUUUAUUCUAUUUUUUUUUUUAAAUGCCUGUAAUAUGGGAGAUUUACAUUAAUUGUACAACCAAUUACAAUAGACUUCAAUCUCCAAAUAACUAAACUGAGGCUAAACUAGCUGGUUUAGAAAAUGUCUUAAUCUUUGCAAUAAUAAAUUUAUUUUUAUUUAUUUUAUCAUCUCCUCCUCCCCUUCCCUAGGGAUGUCAUAGAAAAACUGUUUCCUGAUCAAAUACAACAGAAGUAUCAGGAUAUUGAGCAAAACAAUGAACUUAAACAGAUCCUUCAAGAGUUUAGUAAAUUUGGCAGUGAUCAGAACAAAACCUCAUCUUCUGGAGAUGUUCGUCAGAACCCCCAAAGAGGAGGGGGUUUCUUCUCUGGUGUUCUGACUGCGUUAACUGCAGUGGCGGUAAGGAUACAUUUUUAUCUACAAACGCAUAGAUUUAACACCACUCGCUUCAUAAAGCAAUAGCUGAAAAGGAGAAUACAGCAUUGAGUUUGCAGACCGUCUUGUGUUUUAUUUAUUGGCACACUGUUGCUGAUGAGUGUGACUCUAUACAUUGGUAGAGGCCACUUUGAAUUUGUGAUCCCAAUAUAUCACCAGGACCUCUGAACAUUGCACUUACCAGGUUAUUCACUCAAGUGAGACUUCAGAGUGAAUUUUAAAAUGAUGGUCAUAGUAGCCAAAAUGAAAGCAUAGCGGACUCCAGUUCAUCUGUUUUGGCCUUAAAUUUUAAUUCGGACUUAAGUAAAUACACAGUGGAACAUAUUUAACUCUCCUGAAUUCUCUCAUUACCUAUUAGUAAAAAUAACCUUUUGUUAAAUUAAACUUGACAAACUGGGGUAAGUGCAAAUUUAUGAUUUUAAUCCCUUCAUCUCAUUAUUAGCUGCAUAACUUUCUCAAAAUAUUUGUCUGAAAAACAAAUGUAGCAAUUCAACCUGGGAUUUCUGUUUGAUAACCAACAAAAACUUUCAAUUGCAUUGGUUUUAAAAUACAUUUAUGGAAUGUUUUCAUUUCACCUGAUAUGCAGCAGUUGGAGAUUAGAGCGUAUUUUUUUGUGUUCACACUGGUGUCUCGCAGACCAGAUGUUUUAUAUUUUAUUCUUGUAGAAUGCUGCAAGAUUUUUGACUUUAAAAACUUGUCUCUUACAUUUCUCUUAACCAUAGGUUGUUCUGCUUGUGUAUCACUGGAGCAGUAGAGAGUCUGAACAUGACCUUUUGGUUCAUAAACCAGUUUCUAAAUGGACUCCUGAAGAGGUUGUCCUUUGGCUAGAGCAAUUGGGUCCAUGGGCUUCCCAUUACAAAGAACGAUUUUUAUCGGAGGCAGUUAAUGGAAGGCAAGAAAUAAUAUAUGGCUUAUUCAUUUACUGGUUUUAAUGUGUUAUGUGCUGAAAUUAAGUCUUAGAAACUGUAAUUCUUCACUUUAUUUUAUAACACUCCUCUCAAUCCUCCACCACUUGUUCAACAGUAUACAGUAGGGAUCGACCGAUUAUCGGUCUGGCCGAUAUUAUAGGCUGAUAUUCGUUAUUUUCGGCAACAUUGGUAUCGGCUUAUAGAGAUACAGAUAUUGCUGAUAAUGCAGAUCAGGACCGCCGGGCCCAUGACAAGCCCGGUGGUCCUUGAGGGCCCGCAGCAAGCUCUUAACUUAGCUUCAGCUCCCCUGUCUAAAUCUCACCAGUCCUGCGGCCGUCGGAGCGUUGCCAUGAGCUGAAGGGAGCUGUUGGGAAGGUAAGAGCCUGCUGCGGGUCCCCACUGCACAGUCCAUGCCACCGGACCACCAGGGAAUGCCUUUUCCCCCCUCCCUGACCAAGUAAGAAGCAGGGAGGGGGGACUAAAAAAAUAAAAUAAAAAUCCCCCCCCCAUUUUACACACAUUACAUACCUACACACACACACUCUGCAUUAUAUAAAUACACUGCAUUCACUUUACACACAAUACACAAACACAUACACUGCAUUCACUAAUCAAAUGCUCUCACUGCAUCCACUACACACACAUUUUUGAAAACAUAAAAAUUUUUUGACUGGCAUGUAUAUUUUGUGCAUUUACAGUAAUAAAAAAUAAUUUGCAAAAACAAUUAAAUGUUCAGUUAACAGCAGAUUUGUGUAGAAAUAGUUUUUUUUUCAAAAUGGUAAAUGUACAGAAUAUUGGUAAGUUAUCAGCGAUCGGCCUGAAAGUUCACACAUUAUCGGUAUCUGCUCUAAAAAAAUCAAUAUUGGUCGAUCCUCAGUAUACAGUAGUGGUUCCCAAAUCAGUCCUAAUGACCCAUUAACAGUCUGGGUCUUGUUAGUAUUUCCAUUAAAUUGAAAAGGAAGAUUUAGAAGUCUUGGACUGUUGCUGGUCCAUGAGGACUAAUUUGGAAAACACUGAUUUACAGCAUAGUAUCCGAUUCAAAGUAUUUGGCCUUCAGCAUAAAUCACACCAACCACCAUGACGCUGUGUUUGUAUGUAGUUGUAUAUGACCUUUUGCAUGCAGGGAUUACAGCGACUGCUUUUGUCACAAUACUCCAUAAUCCUAAUGAAUAAUCAAGAUGUGUGGGUUGUAAAAUUGUUUUAUUGUGUGUGUGUGUGUGUGUGUGUGUUUUUUUUUAUUUUAUUUUUUAAGUAAAAUAAUACGCAAGAUAACAAGAGUAGUAUAGAUUGGCUCAAGCUUUGGUAGUUGGACAUAAACCUCAGUUGAGUGCUGUAAUCAGUGCUAGUUUAAACAAACUAGGAUAAACCACUGGAAGCCUCUUGGUAAGCAACCAGGAUAUAUAAACUAGCCAUAGUGACCACUCUGUUUACUUCCACCCCUGACUUGACUAGGUGUAUGGAAUGUGAAGUCCCUUAUAGACCCUGCAGAGUUCUGACUGCAGGGAUCAGUCUUGAUUGCUGGGUAUGGUAGUGUAGGUAGCCGACAGCUCUUCUCCGAUUGCAGUGGUGUCAUGAUCAUGGCAGUGCAAUGCAGCUGCAUGGCCCAGGAAGAUUUUCAGGGGUCAGCUCUGAUCACUGAGGGAGGGGGGGGCACACAAGCAGUAGCGACAUGUAGCCAGUAUGCGAUAGCUGGGGAAGAGAGCAGGGUGAUCGGCCAUCCACCCCUGAGUUGGCCGCAGGCCCCAAAGUCCUGUAUCACCUCCAUGGGCUGUAAGACUCCCGAUAUCUGAGCCUGCAAUAUCAGCCACAGCCGCCUCUAAUUUUCCGGCUCAGACUAGCUGUUUGAGCCGCAGAUGGCAGCCUGGGAAGCCCGAUCUCUCAGUCUCUCUGACAUGCGAGCAGUCAGCAUGGCGGUCUGACCCUGCCCCCCCUUGUUAUAAUUUUUAAUAUUUGCAACCAGAUGUUUACCAUUUGAAUAUUUCAAAUUAUUAGGUUAUAAUUUUGCAUUAUAAGUGUCCAUUAGAAAUUGAGAUUGAGUGCACUUUUACCAUUAUCUAUCUGCAAAUUAAUAGACUAAUUCCUAUUUGGAGAAAAAACUUGUUUUAUUUAACUAAAAUAUCUAGCGUACAUAUUGUUGUAUUUGCUCAAAUAUCAAUGUUUGUUAAAUUAAGUAGUUAAACAAAAUAUCUUAAACCUUGAAGUGCUGUGGUUUUUGCAUCUUUAAUUCGAGAUGCAUCUUUGUACCGAUUUAAUUUUAAAUGUGUUCUGUGAUCGUAUAAUGUGCAUAGCAAAUAGUAUUUAAGAACUAUCCUACUAUAAAUGCUAUAACUAAUUAUUUUAAGUUUCAUGUGCAAGCACAGAACAUUAAAUGCAGAUUUUUUUUAUAUUCUUAAUGCUUUCAAAGCUGUACUCCCUUCCCUUUCUAAAACUCAUGUUUGUGUUUUUAGACUCCUUUUGACGUUGGCUGAGGAAGAAUUCUCCAAAGAACCUUUUAGUAUAGAAAAUAGCAGCCACAGAAGAGCCAUUUUACUAGAGUUGGACAGAGUGAAAACGCUUGGUGUCAAGCCUCCUCAAAAUAUAUGGGAAUAUAAGGUACAAGUUAAUUUUAUCUAUCUUCUCAGAGAUUGUUAGGAGUGAAAAUUAUCUCAAAUCUGUAUGUAUGACACACAGCGUUGACUCAGAAAUUUACAGCCCUCUUCCUUGGUGAACUUUUAGUCCUUUUACUGAAUACAUGUAAUGAACAUUUUAGUGUACUGUUUUAUGAUGCUGAAAAUAUAUUUUAAAAAAUCCAUCAGAUCCCUAUAUUUUCAGUUCUUGGAUCCCUUACGGAUUUCCGAAGUACAUUCUUUGCUCCAAUCUCUAGACCGUAUGUAGUUUCAAUAGAUUCAUAUAAAUGUGAGAUCCGUCAUGCAAGCACAAUAAUAUUCUUUAUUUCAGUACCACUGGGUCUGUAUUGUCCCAUUUUUUUUUUUUAUUUUUUUUUUUUAGAUGUUUCUUUACACAAAAAUAUAAGCCAUGAUAAAUGACUUAAUGUCUGCAAAUAUUUUUUGAUGUCCAACAAACACAAUUUUUAGUUUAAAGCACCAUAACCACUGUCACCCCCCUCCACUUCUAAUCUUAUGCAUCAUUCAAUAAUAUAUUCAUUUUUAUUGAUUUGUUUCAGCAUAAAUGUAUCAAUAUGCCUAUUUCAAAACAAGAUUCAUAAAGUGAUACAAAACAGUAAGGAAUGAGGAUACAGAAAUAAAAAAAAAAAGCAAGUACACUGAACCUUCUAAACAUUUCACAUACGUCCUGUCAAUCCGUACAGGCUUCCUAUAGCUUAAUCCACACCAAUAGUGCCGAACGCCUCGUAAAAUUUAAGAAUUGUUCGUAAAUAUGUGAAAUUGUGCUGUUAUCUUCCAUUUUUUGAUUGCCCCAACCCCUGCACCGUUAUUUAUUCAAAGUGAGAAAGUAAGCCCUCAUGUCUGCUCACUGUUUUAGUCUAGUAAUCUAGCCAUCUAGGCAGCCAUCUUUCUGUGAAUUUCCAUUAAAGUGUAGAGGUAUCAACUGACAUAUUGCUUCCAGUAUAAUGUGAUCAGAUUUCUGGCCUCCAAAAUAAUUUGUGCAGCUAUGUUUAGAAGCUAGUGGGAUGUUGCGAGGGAACAGAAAGAACUGCAUGUUUGGGGUGAUGGAUAAGCCAUGUAUAUGUGAGGCAGACAGCAGUACAGCUAUCCUUAAUCUCUGAGCACUCCUACCAUAUGGGCCAUCAUUGUGCCUUCCUUAGUUUUGUAUCUCCAAAAUAAUGAUGAAACAUUGGGAUUGCUCCCAUUCUGAUUCCCGUUGUAACAAACUUUUUUUUUUUUUUUUUCUGGAAUAAUUUCCAAUAGGGCUUUGUAGAGAGGGUUUUUGGUUUUAUGGGGGAUCGCCAGCAUCGCUUGUGUGCCCACUGGGGGCUUCCAAAAUAGUGGGUGUUAAGAUACACAUUUUUAUUUUUGACAUUCUUUUUUUUUUCCGUGCACUGCGUAACAAAACCGGUAGUUCAGACAUUCCACAAAAGUAUAGUAAUCGUAGUAUGUGUAUCUAUCUCAAGAAAUCUGUACUUUUUCUAUGAAAGAAACAAGCUAGAACUAUAUAGUUAUAGAUUUGGGUAGCAAAAUGCCAACUAACAACCUAUCUAGACAUGGAAAUCACUAAUAGAGUAACACAAAGUAAUGGAGCUUAAACACAUGCUGACUCUGUACUCUUAAGUGAUCCACUGCACUGAGAAAACUAUCAUAACUCCCAUUCAAACGAUUCUAACAUGCGAAAUGACUAAAAGUUAAGAGUAAAAAAAGAGCGAAAAUAAGAGAAUACAGAUAAAUUGCAAAACACAGAUGAAGUAUAUUGCAAAAUUCUAGAUGGUAGAAGUCUACUGGAUAAUCUGGCAUUUGUCAGGUACAAGCGUAAGUCCCAGAUCAGCCGAUUCCACAUUUAUGGCUUCUCCCGCCCGGUAUCUCCACCAGGCCUUAACUGCUUUGCCAAGUAAUUGAGUCGGUACCACUGUAAACUGAACCGUGUUGUUCCAGUUGGUGUAAGUAGCAGGUAAGGCACCAUCUGUGUCGGCUGUGCAUGGUAAAAUGUGCAAUAAGUUGCCUAAAUCAAGAGCCGAGUGGAGAGCUCCUGCAUUAUGCGACCAGUUGCCAUGAGGCUCAGGCCCCGGCCCCUUAAGUUAAUACUCUUCAAUUGUAAGUACUGAAAGAAUAGAGUUGGGUAAGGUAAAUGUAUCUGUAUGUUCGGGAAAGGCAGUAGGGUACCCCUGUUUUAUUUAUUUAUUGCCAUUUUAUAUAGCGCCAAAAGAUUCCAUAGCACUUUACAAUAAUAUGAGAGGGGUAUUUAACUAUAAAUAGGACAAUUACAAGAAAACUUACAGGACCAGUAGGUUGAAGAGGACCCUGCUCAAACGAGCUUACAGUCUAUAGGAUGUGGGGUAUAGAACACAUUAGGACAGAAAUAUCAAUCAAAUAAGGUGGGAGUGAAGCAGAGCUGGAGGAGAGAGUAGAGUGCUACUCUUUAGGAGAGGGCAAGCAACGGGUAUGUAAGGUAGAGGUUACUCUGGGAGGCCAUAUGCUUUCCUAAAGAGAUGGGUUUUAAGGCACUUUUUAAAUGAUUGAAGACUAGGGGAGAGUCUGAUUGGGGUAGGCAGCCUAUUCCAUAGGAUGGUAGCCGCCCGUGAGAAGUCCUGCAAGCGUGAGUUUGCUGUAUGGGUGCGAGGAGCGGACAGGAGAAGGUCACGGGCAGAGCAGAGAGACCGAGAAGGGGCAUACCUAUGGAUCUGUGAAGAGCUAUAAGAGGGGCUAGAAUUGUUCAGUGCUUUAUAUGUAUGGGUUAGCACUUUGAAUUGACUCCUAUAGGAUACAGGAAGACAAUGUAAGGACUGACAGAGGGGUGAGGUGUGAGAGAACCGACUAGAGAGGGAAAUCAGUCUGGCGGCAGCAUUCAUUACAGACUGUAGCGGAGCAAUACAGCUUUUGGGAAGACCAAUUAGGAAAGGGUUACAAUAAUCCAUGCGGGAAAUUACUAGAGCAUGGACAAGCUUCUUGGUAGCAUCUUUUGUAAGAAAGGGGCGGAUCCGGGCUUUUUAAGUUGAAAUCUACAGGAUUUGGUAAUAUACUGGAUGUGUGGGGUGAGGCCAGAGUCCAGUAUGACGCCAAGACAGCGCGCUUGCAAGGAUGGACUUGUGUGGAUACCACUGACUUGAAGUGAGAGCGAGAGAGGAGGAUCAGUAUUAGGGGGAGGACAAAGAGUUCAGUUUUUGAGAUUGUUUCAGAAAGCGGGAGGACAUCCAGUCGGAGAUGGAAGAAAGGCAAGCGGUGACACGUUGCAGGACGGCAGGGGAGAGGUCUGGGGAGGAGAGAUAUAGCUGGGUGUCAUCAGCGUACAGGUGGUAGUGGAAUCCAAAAGAGACAAUAAGUUUGCCAAGAGAGGCAGUAUAAAGAGAAAAUAGAAGGGAACCAAGGACAGAGCCUUGGGGGACUCCAACCAAGACAGGACGAGGGCAGGAGGUAUCCUUAGAAAAGGAGACAUUGAGCGUUGGGAGAGAGGAGGAAAACCACAAGAGGACAGAGUCACAGAGACCGAGCGAUUGGAGUUUGAAGGAGGAGAGCAUGAUCAACUGUGUCAAAGGCAGCAGAAAGGUCAAGAAGAAUUAAUAUGGAGUAGUGGCCUCUGGAUUUUGCUGCGAUUAGGUAAUUAGUAACUUUGAUUAGAGCAGUCUCAGAGUGGAGAGGGCGGAAGCCAUAUUGAAGAUGGUCAAGUAGAGAGUUGGAAUUGAGGAAACUAGACACACGGGCAAAGACAAGUCUUUCCAGAAGCUUUGAGGAAAAAGGGAGCAGGGAUAUGGGACGAUUGUUAGAGGGGGAGGACUGGUCAAGAGUUGUUUAUAUUUUUUUUAUUUUUUCAGGAUAGGUACUACAGUGGCAUGUUUAAGGUCUGCAGGGACAAUGCCAGAGGAGAGAGCAGUUGAAGAAGUGUGUUAAGGAAGGCACAAGACAAGGGGAGAGAGAUCUAAUGCUGUGUGAUGGGACGGGAUCGAGCGGGCAAGUGGUGUGGUGAGAGGAAAGGAGAAGCGCAGCCACCUCUUGUUCAGUAGCCGGGGAGAAAGUCUGAAGCGUAGGAAAGGCAUGAUUUACAUGUGGUUGAGAAAGAGAAUGGCAAGGUGGGGAGAAUUCUUUCCUUAGCUGUUCAGUCUUGUUGGUAAAGUAGCAUGCAAAGCUAUCGGCUGUAAGGUUAGUUUGGGGGGUGGUCACAGCAGGGCGAAAAAGAGUUAAAGUUGUCAAAUGCCAGGGAUUGCAGUAGCUUGAACUAACGAGAAGAAAAGUAUGUCUGUUUGUUUGGCGAGGGCAAGGGCUGCGCUUUAUGAACACAAUAUGAAUCUAUAGUGGAGAAAGUCUGACUGGGUGCGAGACUUCCUCCAGGAGCGUUCAGCACAACGGGAGCAACUUUGCAAAUAGCGUGUCGAUUUAGUAUGCCAUGGUUGAGGGCGUGUCCUCCUCAAGGUGCAUGUUUGGAACGGGGCUACAGUGUUCAAGGCAGAGGGGAGGGUAGUGUUAUAUGUGGACAUGACCAGUGAGGGACAGGAAAAGAGAAGGGAUGGAUAGCAGUUGUGAAUCAAUAUCAGCUGACCACUGCUGGAGGUCAAUAGAAUUAAGGUUCCUCCUGAGUUUAGGGGGGUUAGGCUGAGGUUGUUGGGUGAGGGGGUUCUGGAGAGCAAACAAUAAGAAGUGAGCAGAGAGAGGAAAUGGAGUGUUGCAGAUAUUGGAUACUGUACAUGCUUUAGAGAAAAUGAUGCCGAGGUUAUUGCCAGCUACAUGGGUGGGAGAAUUAGCCCACUGCAAUAGCCUGAGGGAGGAAGUAAUUGAAAGUAGUUUAGAGGCUGCUGAGGUCAAAGGUGGGUUAAUGGGAAUAUUGAAGUCCCCAAGAAUUAGGGAUGGAAUAUUAGGAAGUAGAGAGAGGAAGUAGGGUAACCAGGCAGCAAAGUGGUCACGGAAUAGGAGGGGGAACCAGGGGGACGAUAAAUAACUGCAAUGUUAGCAGAGAAGAGUUUGGAUAGGCGAAUUGAAUGAAUGGAACAGAGAGGGAAGGGGGGGGCGCAGUGGGGUGAAAGCAGAAAACCUACACCGCCACCUUUACUCUGUUUGUCUUGUGUUGUGUGUAAAGUGGAGACACCAAAGGAUAGUGAGGCAGGGUAGCAGUAUCGUAGGGAGAGAGCCAUGUUUUGAUUAGUGCAAGUAGGUUUAGGGUGUGUGAGAUAAAUAGGUCAUGGAUGAAAGUAGACUUAAUGGUGCUGUACACAAAGCGUGCAUUCCAGAGGGCAGUUUUAAAGGAGGAAUUAUAGUGAGUUACAUGGACUCGAUAUUAGAUUGUUUUUUUUUGUGUUAGUACCAGGUGACUCAGUACUAACACCAUCCCUGGGUCACCAGUAGGUUACCCAGGGAUUAGAGAGACAUUAUCAGCUGCUAGGAGCUACCUCUGCUUAGGGCAAAUCCUGCAGGGUUGGGUUCUGUGAGUCCUGGGUGUAGCUGUUACCAUGCUGUAUUGGGCCCAGGCUAUGAAGAGAAUCCAGGGUUAGAUGAGACAGAUUGUGGGUGGGGAAUCAUUAAGGUGUUAAAAACAAAAUCAAGGAAAAAGCAGAUGAAAGGGAAUUUAAAUUUAAGGAUAUGAGGGAAUGGCAGAGAUCAGAUUGGUAAGUCAUAAAUAGGGAACAUCAUAAAUUAACAAGGCUUAGAGUGCAAGAACUAACACUAGCAAAACAAACAUUUAACUAGAAAAUCUACAAUUUCUGGGGAAAUUGUGUGAAAUGUUCUUGCCUCCACCAGUAGUCUACAACUGGAGUGGGUGGAGUAACUGUUAUUUAUUUAGCACAUUUAAUUGCAACGUUGUUGCCCAAAGUGCUUCACAGAUACAUUAAAACAUACAUUUAUAAAAACAUUAGCAGGUGUACAAAAGGCCCUCUCUAUGACGUCACUUGCUGCUCCAGCCUGGCACAGGUCAGAGUAUUUUGGCGGUUGCCAUCUUCAAAUGGUCAUAUUUUACAAACUAUAAAUCCUACAGCGAAGAGCUUUAUAUUGUGAGAAUCACAAGACCCAAUAUUAAAAAUGAAGGCACAGUCGCAGUGUAGAAAUUGCCCUUCAAAUUUGAGCUGGCUAGAGUGGAGUUUCAAUGAAUGUCAAUGGACGGCUUGAGUUGCAAACAAAUGGUCAUAUUGUGAAAACUAUCGGGACUAUGGCUUAGCCAUGGACAUGUUUAGUGGCAGCAGGGAUAGCUGAACGUUUUGAUAUAAGAUUUGUGUAGGUGGGCUUGAAAAUGAGUGAGUAGUGGCAGUUUAGAAAUCAUGUCCUGCUUUUGCCUGCUUCCACUCUAGUUUUGAACAUUUUGCCAUUCAUUCCUAUGGGACCAAUUUCGCCACAAGAACGACGAUAUUCCGUGAACCAUUUGGCGAAACGUUCCACAAAGUAAUAGCAAUCCAAUCGGGAACAAUCCGCAUGUUUCGGUAUAUUUCUGUCUAUGUAGUGUAAAAACUGUGGGAGGAGUUAGGGUGGUAAAUUUGGCAAUAAUAAGAAUAAUAUAUAUGUGAGAUAACAUUAAGUGGUCUUGCUAUGCAAGAACACGUAACUAAACAAGAGUGAAGGGUGCAAUAGUCAUCAAUUAAGCAGUAAUACUGUGGGGAUGGAGAUAGAUGGGAAUAUAAUUUAAAACAGAAAUAGGAAAAAGAAGUCCAGAUAUUCUCAAGAUGGUCAUCCAGAAAUGCUACCUCUGCUAAGGGCAAACCUGCAGGGUUGGGUGCUGUGAGUCCUGGGUGUAGCUGUUACAAUGCUGUAUUGGGCCCAGGCUCUGCUUAGGGCAAAUCCUGCAGGGUUGGGUGCUGAGUGUCCUGGGUGUAGCUACAGAAAAAAAAACUGUAUUUAAGCCUUGCCAGCAUGAAAAGCCUGGGAUUUUUACACCAGUAUGAAGGGACCGUUCCCGGCAACAUUCGGAAGGUAUAUAAAUAUCUUAACUAGUGUCACCAUUUUCAUGGUGUUAAACUUUGCAUAACCAAGUUAUCUGAACGGACUUUGGUUUCUGAAAAAGUCUGCCUUGCAUGUUUGCAAUAAUGGUAUAUAAUUUGGUUAAACCAUUCCCCCUAGAGAAGGUGAUUAAAUAAGAGGUCACUUUUUUGUAAUCGGGAUCUUAAUGGGUUGCAAAAUGCAUAUGAGAAAAGGGAGGAAACCGCGCCUUACAUAAAUUAUAUAUACAUACACUUGAUGUCUCUUAGUAGUUUCGGAUAAUUUAUCCUCAAAAAGAAAACAGAGUAUAUACAAUAGUGUAGUAUGUUAAAUAAUAUUAGGAAAAAGUGAUAAAUAAAACGGAGGUAUUUUUCACUCACAUUUGGUAGAGCUACUGUGGGAGCUCUACCAUAAUUGGCAUGGACGGUACAAUCCCCGUCUUAGGAUAAGAAGUCCAACGUCUUAGGUACUCCAAUGGUGUAGUAGUGCAGAUAAAAAUGGAAAACAAGAAACUCCAAUAGUGUAAUAGUUCCAACUCCAAGUAUAAAUGGAUAAAUAGAAAUAUAUAUACUCACAUUUACUAGAGCAGAAAACUUGCUCUAGUUUAUAAGGCUUGCAGUGGUAUAAUCCCCACUGUAGGAUAUACAGGCCAGGAAGUAAGAUGGUGCAAAUAAAAUGUAAUAAAAUGGAAUAUAGCUUUGAAAGAUAUAUAUUUAAUAAUGUAUCAAACAGAAUAAAAUAAAAGCUAUAUAAAAUAACACUUAACGCGUUUCGCCAAUGGCUUCAUCAGAAGUGUAAAAAAAACAAUUGGCGAAACGCGUUAAGUGUUAUUUUAUAUAGCUUUUAUUUUAUUCUGUUUGAUACAUUAUUAAAUAUAUAUCUUUUAAAGCUAUAUUUUAUAUUUUAUUUGCACCAUCUUACUUCCUGGCCUGUAUAUCCUACAGUGGGGAUUAUACCACUGCAAGCCUUAUAAACUAGAGCAAGUUUUCUGCUCUAGUAAAUGUGAGUAUAUAUAUUUCUAUUUAUCCAUUUAUACUUGGAGUUGGAACUAUUACACUAUUGGAGUUUCUUGUUUUCCAUUUUUAUCUGCACUACUACACCAUUGGAGUACCUAAGACGUUGGACUUCUUAUCCUAAGACGGGGAUUGUACCGUCCAUGCCAAUUAUGGUAGAGCUCCCACAGUAGCUCUACCAAAUGUGAGUGAAAAAUACCUCCGUUUUAUUUAUUACUUUUUCCUAAUAUUAUUUAACAUACUACACUAUUGUAUAUACUCUUUCUGUUUUCUUUUUGAGGAUAAAUUAUCCGAAACUACUAAGAGACAUCAAGUGUAUGUAUAUAUAAUUUAUGUAAGGCGCGGUUUCCUCCCUUUUCUCCUAUACUACUGUUCCAACAAGGCUGGGAAUCCUUGUAUUUGUUACUGCUGCCUAUCUUAUUGUUUAUUUUUUGGAGUGAGCACCUGACACAUCUCUUCUUUUGCAAAAUGCAUAUGAAGGUAGGCAGGUUGCUGACACAUUGUUUUGACACAUUGUUUUAUUUACCUUUCCAUCCACUGGGUAUUAGACCAAGCUGUCAUGUCUCAUAUUUUAAUGGUUGAGCAUUAAUCUGAUCCCUAAUCAGCCAUCUUGUGUUGGCAAGGUUAGAUGACCUUUACUUACAGUCUUGUUGGUAUAAUUUUUGACUGGUUUAUUAAAUGUUUGACAAUGGCCCAAGGCAUUUAAGGUCGUUUUUUUAAUCAUGGAAAGCAAGUAAAAACAACAUUGCAUAAAUAACCAGUGGCUAAAAGGUUGGUAAAUACUGGUGACAUUCUUUUGAGCAAGAAUAGACCAGGGAAUAAACUUUGUGGUGGUAGGAGCAUGAUCUAUUGAUGCACUGGUUCAAUUAAUAGAUGUUGGAACAGUAGCAAAGAUGAUUCACUCAGAGAUGACAAUCACUAACAUGGUUUUUUUACUAAAGUGAAAAUAGUCAGGAAUUCAAGCUGAUUUAAAAAAUGUGAGGCCAAAGUGGGUGAAAUGGAGAAAUUCUUUAAGUCCACUAUACUUUUAGUUCAACUACCUUGAGACUUGUGGAGCAUUAAGUGUUAAAAUUAUGCAUAUGAACCAAGAUGUUCUACAUCACAUUGUAGUUUUUGAAGCCUGGAGUGCCUGCCAUUUUAUUAGGGCUUAGCCGUACACUUGACUGAUCCUCCCAUAUAGAUAUUUAACAAAAAUUGUAUUUUGGUACUUAUUUGUACGAAGUUAUUUAUUUUGAAAACCUUCAGGUUGCAUAAGUUGGAAUAGUGAGAUAAAUGAAUUGUGUCGAGAGAAGUGAGUAAGAUCCUCUGAGAACUCAAUUCAAUGUCUGCAAAAUCAAAACACUGUUAAAUAGUGUUCCCAGGAUUUAGUAUGGCUCUGUGCAGCGUUUGCACGUUUCAGUUCCGGACCAUUCGUAUAUUAGUGAAUAACCCUGACAGUUUACUAAUUUUAAUAGAAUGACAAAAGGUUCUGUUGUACUGAUACAAAAUUUGGGGGCUAUUGAUUCUGCAUUUUUGUUUGUUUUUUUGUGCCUUCAUUUUGCAGUUAGUUUUCAGUUUGUAAUGACUUCCUGUUUAGUGAAUAAACGCCAAUAAAGCCACCAGAGGCUUUUUAUUUAUUUAUUUAUUUCUCUCUAAAUUUCUGUUCUUUAAAUUCUUCUACUAAAGUCAUGUUUUUUUUUUUUUGUUUUUGUUUUUUUUUAUUAUAGGCAGUGAACUCUGGAAAGUCAUUAUUUCUGUUAUAUGCUUUGAAGAGUUCUCCACGGCUCAGCAUGUUGUACAUGUACGUCUUUGACUACACAGAAACAUUUUUACCUUUCAUCCACACAACGUGUCCUUUAGAAGAAGAUCAAGAGGAAGAUAUAAUCUCCACAUUCAUUGUGAGUACAUUACCUCCUAAAUGUUUAUGUGGUUGGAUAAGGGAGGGAAAAGCAAUAAAAUGAACAUGAAUGUUAGGGGGGUAUAUAUGUGUGUAUGAGUAGACAACUGGUGUAUUUGUUAGCUGGUAACAAUAUAUCGGAGUGUCAGGCAUGGAACACCUGCAAUGAUGUAAGUAGCAGAAUUGUGAAGUUAUUCUUUACAUUUGAAGACUGUACUAAAAUAAUUUAGACGUUACUGUGAGGGUGGAUUCUGAAUUAAGAUACUGUAAACUUGCAUUGUUUACUUGCAUGCAGCUAGAGAGAUGAGACCAGGGUAGGAAAAUACGAUGUUCUAGGGUUGUCAAAACGUCCUCCAGCAUCUAUAACAAACUUCAAAACAUAUAGCAAUAGCCAUACUGCCACUAAAUUAAUUGUGGCAGUUGGCAUAGCCUAAUUUCAUGUUUGUUUGUUUUUGGUUUUUUUUUCUGAAGACCAACCGUAAAUAUUGACAUAAUUGUAAGCAAGUUGAAUGUAGUAAUAAAAAGGCAAAAAUCCAACUCCCUUAACCCCUUAAGGACCAAACUUCUGGAAUAAAAUGGAAUCAUGACAUGUCACACAUGUCAUGUGUCCUUAAGGGGUUAAAGGGCCAAGUCUAAUUCUUUCUGCAAAAGAUAAUUUCAGGUAUUCAUGAAAUAGGAAGUGCAGUUCAAAACCUCCACAAAAUCGAGAAGAAAUUACUUUGAAAUUAUUAUUUAAAAAAAAAAGUUUCCAUUUCUUAUGACCAAAGUUAAUUAUGCUAAGGCACAAAUGGACAUUCUUUAUUAUCAAUGUGUGAGCAAGCGACCUCCGGUGCCUUGGCUACUUCUAGUUUUGGUCACAUCUUACAAAUAAGAAUUUGGGCCUAGUGACCCAGAACCACUACUGUGUAGUAGUGGGUAUGAUGUUCUAUCUCAGGCUUGCACCUAUAAUUGGACCACGUGAGGCCUCCUGUGACAUUAGACGCCAUUUUCCUUGUAAGUGAAAAUCUUUUACCGUACCCAAUGCCUAGUGCCCCAUCCACUUCCAAAGGUUUUGGGUAACUCUCUUUUUAUUGUAUUAAAAAAAAAUUGUAAAGCCUCCAGAUGUCUUGUGUCAAUAUUAUCGUUCACUAUAGUUUUUGCAGUGGUGUGUUCCUUUAUCACCUAUUUUGAAAUCCUGAAUUUAUUUAUGUUAAUCUACCCAUUCCACCGACAGGAUCUGCAUGAACCAACAUGGAAGCAAUGGAGAGAGUUUAUUGUGAAGUAUUUGUUUCUUCCAUAUCAACUUAUUGCUGAGUUUGCUUGGGACUGGUUAGAAGUUCAUUAUUGGACAUCCCGGUUUAUUAUUGUUAAUGCCAUGUUGCUCUCCGUCCAGGAAUUAUUCUCAUUCUGGAGAUUGUGGUCAAGGAGAGAACUAAAGUAGGUAUUUGCCCGUGUCUUCCUUCUACAUACAUCGCUUUGCAUGCAUGUUAAAUGAAACUAAAAUAAUUAUAAUCUUUAACAUAAAUAUUCUAGAUCUCUUACAAAAUAAAGUCCACACACCUUUAUCAGAGCCACAGGUCUUAUCUCUGCAUUUCACCACUUUUCACACCAAUAUUCUGAUCCUUUAGCUAUACUGUAUGAUAUUUUUAUAUCAAAGCAUACGCAAGCUGAAAUAGUAAGAGGAGUUGACUGGACAGAUGGAGAAUGGAAAAUCCUCUCUGGGGAGGAGGUGGGGGGGGGAGAAGUAUCUUAAUUGGGUUCUGAAGGGUUCCUUGGCAUGUGGGUGCUUAUGUUAAUGUGGUAACAUACUAAAUCUGUGACAUUGCACUCAUCAGUAGGUUUUCUUUUUGUUGUGGCAUUAACAUGUUUAGCCUGUGAGGGUGCCUGUGACGUCAGAAUGUGAGGGCUCUACACCAAUCGUGAGUAGUGCUGGCCGGAACAGCAUAGUGACUGAAUGCCGCGACGGGAUAGUAGUAUCUGCUGCAGCAUGAGCUCAAGGCGCUAUCCCUCAUUGCUCGACGGUAGCAUCUACCACUGGUUUAGGUCCUUCCCUCACAGCCAAUAAGGCAGGAAACUAGACCGCUAAAGAAACAUUCCAGGCACCAUAACCUCUACAGUAUACCACACUUCUUACCGUAGUAGUUACUGGGCCUGGAGUCCCCUGGUGCAAUCUCACCUCUACCUUGUAAGUAGAAUGGUUUUACGUUUUACCUGGGGUCCAACCUCCACUACCAUGGCCAGAAAAACUAAAGUUCCUAAGCGAUCAGUUCCAUGUCAUAUAUCCUGGGGAAGAAAAAAAGAAGCGUUUCCACUUUAUCUGCCUUCUUAAUGGGUUCCUCUAAAGCAGGGGAUGGGCAACCUUCGGCGCACCAGAUGUUGAAUAUUUCCGUCAAGACAGCAGUGCAUGAACUCCAGACUCAGCAGGGAGAGCCCUCUCUUUCUCUCCUCCUGCUAACUUUACCUAGAAAGGCAACCCUUGUUUUAUUUUAUUUUUUUAUUAUACCCAUCUUGGACCAGAAUGAAUGGCCCCAGACGUCUCAAUGAACUGUGUGCCAUGUUCAAAGUGAGAGCUGCCCUAAAAAUUAACUCUCUCUAACACCUAUUAUUCAAUUACUAAAUUAUCAUGUAUAUAAUUCUUAUUUUUGUCUUUCAGAUCUCUUCCACGUCUAAUGUGGGGACAUUUUUGGAAAAUGUCAACCCAGGGACUCUUUGUUGCAAUUUUCUGGCCUGUAAUUCCUCAGUUUAUCUGCAACUGCUUGUUUUACUGGGCCUUGUAUUUUAACCCAAUAAUCAACAUUGAUCUGGUGGUCAAAGAAAUUAGAAGACUGGAAACACAAGCGGUGUGAAUUUCAGAAAUGCAUACCAGAGACUGAAUGAAUAGGGCAAGUCAGAAGUCUGCACUUCUUAACAGAAUACGUUGAUAAAACAUUAUGAAGGUCAAGAUGGUUUUUAUACCUCUCUUGCAACACAUUUUCUUUAAUUGUGGUGAUCAAUAUUAUUAUUUUUUAUUUUAUAUUUUUUUUCCUCUCCAAGGAAGCAGAAAACUAAUAUAUUGGGAGCAAAUGUCUCUAGUUUAUUUUAUAAUGUGAUAGUCACGGGUUUCUGAUAAACAAACUUUUUAGUCCGUUCAAAAAGAAAUUUUUUAAUCGAACACCAACAGCUAGAUGUUUUGUUCACAUGGGACCUGUCUUGACAUGGUCAUGAGAAAUAGCAUGAUUUUGUAAAAUCUAUAGGAGACCUAUGCCAAACCCAUUACAGUUUCUUGAUGUUAUUGGUGAAUUGGGUCACUGUUCAUUUCACUAUAUAUAAAAGCAUGUCAAUUUGUGUUUGAUAUUGGUUCCUCUAAUUUCACCGUGGUGAAAGUAUUUAUUUAAAAUAUUAUCUUUCACAGAUAUUUCAUGGCUCGUGCCUUCUGUUUUAAAUCUACAUAAAUAAUGGGAAGAAAAGAACGAACACACUAAAAUUAGAAAAAUAACUGGAAUAUUGCCAAAAUCAGUUUGCUUGAUUUCAUAGUAUGAUUUUUAAGCUAUCCUAAAAUUUCAACAUGUAAAAUUGUAGGAUAGCAGGAAUGCAUUGAGACAUUAAAUUAGCAGAAAGCUGUUUGUGAUUAAAAAACAAAAAAAACCCUACUGUGUCAAACGUUCUGAAGUUAUAUUCUCCUCUGAGGAAAUGAACGUAAUUUUUAUUACCGCUUUUAACAUCUCUAUAAUUUUUUUUUUCCUUCUUUCCAGAUUCGAUUUAUACUCUUAAUUUUAAACUUGUCAGAUAACUGAAAUGCUUGGGUAACAGGCUUAUAUAGUGGUAAAUGGCAUUUUAUUCGACCAAUAGAGGGGGGAAAAAAACCUUAAGUUUAAUUAGCAAAAUGAUGUAAUGUUUGUUACAGCUGUAUACAUAUGUGGUAUAAAACAAUUGAUUGGCAAGCUUUAUAUUUUUAAAAUGUGCUCAAAAAGCUAAACCUGUGUGCUUUUAAAGGAAUGCUCCAAUUAAUCAAUUUUGAAUUUAGUCUUAUAUAGUUAUUUCUGGAAUAAACAUUUAUUGGUAUCUUAGUUGAAAAUGGUCAAUUAUCCUUUGUUUUUUUUUUUAUAUUGCUAUGUAACUUCUAAUUUCAAACUUGUAUGUCACGAAGCUCAGACAGAAAGUUGAUCCUUCAAGCACCAUAACCACUAUAGUGAAUUGUUGUGGUUAUGGUGCCAGGAGUGCCCGAGAGAGAAAGGGCACGCACGCAGCUCUCAUUCUACACUAUGUAUGAUGGAGUUCAGCACAUCAGUGUAGGACUAAGCUUCUUGUUGUAGAGUGAUCAGCUGACACACUUAGACAGUAGGCUAAGCCUAGCAAUAGCUGAGGCAGAACAGAGAACUUGUAUUCCUUUGGGUUUAUAAUGUUGGAUGCAGGAGCGCAUUGGCAAUUUGAGACCUUAAGAUACCUGUGAUGUAAUGAAUGUGUCUGAGGAUUAGUGUCCUGAAGGACUGUUUCAUGUAGAGUAGUGUCACAUCCCUGCCAAAGUAUUUCAGGUAUUGUGGGGUGAAAUUACCCCCAUUGUAAGUAAACCAUUUUUAUAACCUCUUACAUUGGAUACACUUGGCACUAUCCUCCAUCUCCACUACUUCAGUUGAAGAGCUGCAAGCUCCUAAGCAUGUUUUUCCAUUAGCCAGGCUUUGUGCCAACAGAAUGCUUAAAGCUCUGUCUGAAGUAGUUGGAGGCAGGGAGCAGAGCUUGGCAGACCCAAUGCAAGAAGUUAAACCGUUCUAAAAUUGUUUAACUGCUUACAAUGCGAGGUGUUGCGCCAGGAUACAAAUGUCACCAUAACCACUAUAGUAAUUGAUUGAAUUGUUCAAUAUAUAUAUAUAUAUUUUUUUUUUUUUUUUAAAUAGGUUUCUAAAAGUGUGUGUGUGUACAUACGUUUCUGAUAUCUUGAGUGUUUAUCAAAACAUUAUUUCAAGCUUCUGUAUAGUUCAUGAUUUGAAACACAUGUAGAUGUCUAAUUCCGCUUUAUUUGUUGAUCUGAACCACGCAGACUGAUUUUUGCCAUCUGGUCCUUGUGUUUGUAGAUAUACCAAUAUAAAAUACAUUACUUUUUGUUCUUGUGUAUACACAUUUGAUUCAUUUUUGAAUACUAAUAUUUCAUGAAACUUCCAACAUGGUUUUGUAACUGAUAACAUGUUCUGUACAUUAUUUGUAUGCACAAAUACUGUGAAGCUGAGAUUUUUUUUUUUUUUGUAAGAAAUGGAAUUAAAGAUUUAGUUUUUUUUUUUUAAGUUGUUUGGUUUUUUUUUCGUUUUUUUUUUAUACUGCAUUUAUUUCUUAGACUAUAUUAAUCAAAGAUAUGCAACAUCUACUUAUCCAAGAUAACUUUACACAGUUUUCAUAGUUUAGCUUCUUGAUGACUGUACUAUGUCAUGCCAGGGCUCAAGCCUUCCACUUGUCAUCAGCCCCUGUUGAGUAGAAACUCAUUCUGUUACUUGCAGAAAUGAGUAAGUCUUAAACAUUGUUAUAUAGGCUGAAAAGAGAUGUGUCCAAGUUCAGCCUUCCUCACAUUUGUUUUGCUGUUGACCCAAAACCUAGUUUUGAAGGACUUUCCAAUUUUGCAACAGCUUAUGAAAAAGUUCCUUCUUGACCACAGAAAAGCAGUCACUUUUUAUCCCUGAAUAUUCUGUUUUUGCAAGUAUUCAUCAGGUUGCUAUUUAAACCUUUUUAUACAGAAUCUGAUAAAACCACCUUCAGGCAUAGAAUUCCACCUCAUUAUUAUUAAUGGGGAGAAAAAGAAAAACCUCUUUCCUUUGCCUAAAUCUCUUUUCUUCUAGUCUAAAUGCAUGACCUCAUGUCCUAUUUAUGAAUUUACAGACCGUGGUUUGUAUUGGCCCCAGUUAUAUAGGUAGAAUGCUAUCAUAUCCCUGCAGCGAUGCAGGUUUUUCAAAACUAAAGACUUUAAUUUAACAUUUUCU